AUGGACAUGGCUCCCAAAGGAAUGGAAUGGAGGGAAAAAUGCGCCGAGGAAGUUGUAGUGUUGUAAUCUAUUGUCCGCUAUGAGCCAGCUUUGACCUCUAGCGUUGAACAAGUUACAAGUAUGAUUUGAAAUAUCCAUGUAAGUUCUAGCUAAAUGCUAACCUUUCCAAUUUCCCGAUUACUCGAUUUGCCCAAAAUCUAGGGUUCACUGGAAUUUGCAAUUUCUAAACCAAAUUAUGGGGUCUAUAACUUCUCCUGACGAAAGCUUACCUUUGGUUGAUCAAAUUGCUUCCAUUAAUCACCCAAAAUCUCACUCAAAAGAUGUUCAUGUACUCAGCUUAGCUUUCUUGCUCGUGUUUUCGGCGUAUGGGGCUGUUCAGAAUUUAGAAAGUACGGUCAACGAUGAAGGUGAUCUGGGGACUAUAUCUUUGGGGAUUUUGUAUGUAUCAUUCAUGAUAUUUUCGUUUUUUGCCUCGUUGACUGUUCGGAAAUUGGGGUCAAAAAAUGCCCUGCUCCUUGGAACUACUGGGUAUUGGUUGUUUACAGCUGCUAAUUUGAAGCCCAAUUGGUAUACAAUGGUCCCUGCCUCUGUAUAUAUGGGAUUUUGUGCUUCGAUAAUAUGGGUUGGGCAGGGAACAUAUUUAACUUCCACUGCACGCAGUCAUGCCAGAGAUUGCAAUUUACAUGAGGGAACUGUAAUUGGUAACUUCAAUGGAGAGUUUUGGGGAAUAUAUGCUACACAUCAGGUCAUCGGAAAUCUUUUGGCACUCUUUCUCUUGAAAGAUGGCAACAAGGGAGAUACCAGUGGUGCUACUAUGUUGUUCUUUGUGUUCCUUUGCAUUUUGACCUUUGGUUGCAUAUUAAUGUGCUUUUUGCAUAAAAGAGAUGGCACACUUGAAGAGCAACCUAAAGAGUCUUCUAUCAGCUGCUCUGGUUUUGUGCUCUCUGUUGCAAAAUCAGUUAUUAAACCGUUGUUUGAUAUUCGCAUUCUGUUGAUAAUCCCCCUUUUUGCAUAUUCUGGUUUACAGCAAGCAUUUGUCUGGGCUGAGUUCACCAAGAAAAUUGUAAAGCCUGCACUUGGAGAGUCUGGUAUUGGUGGUUCGAUGGCAGUCUAUGGGGCUGCAGACGCUAUUUGUUCUCUGGUUGCGGGUCGAUUUACCUCCAGUGUUUCGUCAGUUACUUGGAUAAUUGUGGGCGGAUCUUCAGCUCAUGCUAUUGUACUGCUUUGGAUUCUGCUUAAAUACAGCACAACUAGUGGAGUUCUUGGGAUGGUGUACCCACUCUUAAUGGCUGCAGCACUGGGCAUUGGUGAUGGAGUGUUGAUGACGCAAAUAAAUGCUUUAUUGGGGAUGCUCUUCAAACACGACCUGGAGGGGGCAUUUGCACAGUUGAAGGUUUGGCAGAGCCUUUCCAUCGCAGUUAUCUUCUUCCUGACGCCUUAUAUAUCGCUGCAUAUGAUGGCUGCGAUUAUGCUUACCGCACUCUGCAUUUCUUUGGCUGCAUUUUUCAUCCUCACCCUCAAAGUUAUAAAUGGGUCCUCUUCUAAUCUUUCAGCAGCCUGAACAAUUUACUGUUGCAAUUGUAAAUUUAAGUCUCUUGUAUAAUACAUUUCCCAUUUGUAUUUAAUUUGUUAAAUAUAUAGUUCUUUUUUCCAUAAAAAGUCAAUUAUUUUUGUGUGUGUGUAUAAGUGUACCAUACGAAAUGCUGUACUAAAUUCGCAUAAAUUUGCGUCACCUCAUCACACAAGAGCUGGAGUUUCUUGUAAUAAUAUUCCUGGUAGGUGAACUCAAAUACGAAGUAGAUUAUACCAAGAUUUCUACCUGUU